CACUACAGCUCUCUUUCUCUCACCGUUUUUCUUUUUUAACUCUCUCACUCUCUACAGUUCCUUCUCUUUCUCUUUCCGUUUAACUCUCUCUCACUACAGCUCUCGCUUCAUCUGUCUAUACAGCCCCCCCCCUCUCUCUCUCUCUCUCUCUCUCUCUCACUCGCUCUCUCUUUAUGUCUCUCCACAUUUCUCUCCAUCUCUCUGCUCACUCGCUCUCACUCACACACUGUUUCUGAAGGCAGUGAAACACCGGGAGCUACAGGACAGGCGUGAGGAAGGAGUGAGGUUGUGAGGAUGAGGGAUCUGAAGGAUGGUCUGGUGUUCCUCUCCUCCGUCUACAGUGCUCUGCUCUACCUGGUGCUAAUAACCUCCACAGUGAGCACGGACACGCCGAGGAGGAGUCCCUUCACCUGGAAAACAGGUGUGUGGGGUGUAUGCGUAGCUGAGCAGUGUGGUUUACCUGGUCUGCAGGUGCGGUCGGUGUGGUGUAUACACUCUGAAGGAUGGAGCACUCACCGGUCUAACUGCCCCCCGUCUCAGCGGCCGGUGCAGCAGCGGCAGUGUGUGAAGGUGUGUGAGUGGCAGCGGCAGCUGUUUGAGUGGCAGGCGUCUCCGUGGGGUCCCUGCGCCCCGGCCCCGGCGCUGCAGGUGAGCCGGUGUGUGACGGCGCAGCGUGGGCUGCAGCGCCGCAGUGUGCCGUGUAUGCACCGCGGUAACGGCAGCGCCGCGAGCACCCGCGUCUGUGAGGCCUUCUCUCCGCCCCCGGAGGCGGAGCAAGCCUGCCUCCUGCCCUGCCCCCUCGACUGCGUGGUCUCCGCCUUCUCCAAUUGGUCACCCUGCAGCCGGACUUGUGGCCCCGCCUUGCAGCAGCGCACGCGUCAUGUGCUGGCCCCGCCCCUUUAUGGCGGUGUUGAGUGCCCCGACCUUACUGACACCCGACCCUGUAACCACGACAACAACCACCCUGCCCGCUGCCCCUCUGACCAACAGGAGCACAGCUACAGCUUGUGGGCGGGGCCGUGGAGUAGCUGCAGACGCAAAGGUACGCCCCCUAGUGGAAGAACCACAGUGGACUUCAGCAGUGGCCCAAGCGGAACCAGUGCAUUUAGGGUUUUGCGUAUGGGUCGACAGCAUCAUCGCCAUGACAACGAUCACAUCCAGCAUCAGCACCAUGAGCAUCAAAGAGACAGCAGAGGAUCAUGGGAAGUUCACGUCGGAUAUCAAACGCGACAGCUUCGGUGCACGCGGAGUGACGGGAAGAACACCAUGCUGAGUCUGUGUGAUAGUGAGAACGUCCCUGUGAACUUUCGCUCUUGUGCGAUGCCGAGGGACUGCGAGGUCUCUGAUUGGUCAGCGUGGAGUGCGUGCUCCAAAUCCUGCAGUUCGGUGGAUCAGGUACCGGGAUUCAGGAGCAGAACCCGCGGCGUGAGGGGUGUUCCCGCCGGCGGGGGGGAAGAGUGUCCGGGUCUGGAGGAGGUUCAGACCUGUAACACUGCAGGAGAGCUCCUCCCACACUGCCCCAGGUAUGAGUGGAAGGUGACGAACUGGGGGUCGUGCCAGGUAAGACCCCUCCUCAGUCAGCAGGAUCAUCGCCAUGCCAACAGCAGCUUCCUGUGUGGAGGCGGGAUCCAGACCCGGGAGGCGUACUGCGUCAGCAUCUCUGAAAACACCACAGCGUCCCCGAUGUGGAGGCCGGUUGGGAGGGGUCUGUGCUCGGCUCCUCCCCCCGUACUGAUCCAGUCCUGCUCCGUCCCGUGUUCCAGACGCUGUCGUCUCUCACCUUGGUCCACCUGGGGUCCUUGUAUCCAUGACAACAUCCCUGAGCAUCCUGGGAGGAAAGGUGUGAUGCUGAGGAUGCGCUCUGUAUCUGAGGAGGCGUGGGGUCAGUCUGAGAGCUGCCCUCACAUCACUGAAGCCAUGACCUGCCACCCCCUCAUUAGCUUCCAGUGGCAGGUGACGGGACGGGGACCCUGCGAGCCUCAGGACGGGAUCUGUGGAUCUGGAACCCAGCAGCAGAGCGUGGAGUGCGUAACAGUCUCAGGAGAGCCGGUCUCCGGGACGAGGUGUGAGGGGGAGCGUCCCCGGGACCGGGGGGAGUGUGAGACGCCCUGUCCCACAGACUGUGUCCUGUCAGACUGGAGCUCCUGGACGUCUUGCUCCCUGUCCUGCUCCCAAACACUGACAGAGGGCAAACAGAGGCGUACCCGCACCAUCCUCGCCCCGCCCGCACCCGGGGGAAAGUCCUGCAGGUCUGGUUCUGAUCUGGAGCAGUGGAGGUCCUGCGGGUCUCAGUCCUGCACCGUGUUUCUCUGGGACUCGUCCUCCUGGAGCUCCUGCUCUCCAGACCUCACUGUCCUGAGAUCAGAGGGGGGGUGCGGGAGCGGGACACAGACCCGCAGAGUUUACUGCAGGACAGCUGAGGGGGAACAGGUGGAGCCGCACAGAUGUCCCGAGUCCUCUCGUCCUGAUCAGGUUCGGGCGUGUACUGUCCCGUGUCCAGUGGACUGCACUGUUACCCCCUUCAGUAACUGGAGCCCGUGUCCAACGUCCUGCUCAACAGUGAACGUCACUCUCAGUACUCAGUCCCGGCAGCGCAUCGUCAUCCAGAGACCAGCUAACGGAGGACAGGACUGUCCCGCCACGCUGUUUGAGGAGAGAGACUGUAACCCUCCACCUCUUUGCCCACAAUACAGAUGGCAGACGCACCGCUGGCAGUCCUGUGUCCUGGUGCCAGACUCGGUGAGACAGGCUGUGGGGGGACAGACUGAAGCCUGUGGACUCGGCCUGGAGACCAGAGGGGUGGUGUGUGUUGGGCUGGACGAUGUCCCUGCAGACGAGGUGGAUUGUGUGAGGUGGGCGGGUGUGAGACCAGCUGAUGUGCGGCAGUGCCGGGUGUCCUGCAGAGACGACUGCACCCUCAGCUCCUGGAGCAAAUUCUCCCCGUGCACACACUGUGGAGCCUGGAGCACCCGCACACGCUCACUGAUCGGCCGCAGUAAGAAGCGCUGGCGCUGCCAGCAGGAGGCGCUGGUGGAGAGAGAGGCCUGUCCCUGCUCUGAAUACCGGCUCAGACCUCACGGGCCGUGGUCCCCCUGCGUGCUGCCACCCCAACACCAACACCACCACCUCCACCACCUGCCGCCCGGGUUCACGCUCACACACACAACCAGCCCCCCGGGUCAGGGGGCGGGGCAGGGCUGGCGGGCUCAGGGGGAGGGGAGGGAGUGUGGGGAUGGUUGGCGCUACAGAGUGCUGGCGUGUCUGAAUCAUCAGGGAGAGCUGUCUGAGCCGCUCUACUGCAACAGUCCAGGUAUUGAAGAGGAAGUGUGUAUGGUGCCAUGUCCAUUGGACUGCAGGCUGAGUGAUUGGUCCAUCUGGUCCUCCUGCAGUGCCUCCUGUGGUGGGGGGGUGAAAGUGCGCUCUCAGUGGUUAAGAGAGAAACCCUUUAAUGGAGGUCGACCCUGUCCAAAACUGGACUUCAAAAAUCAGGUGUCUGAGGUAGUGCCCUGCUACUCGGAGUGUAAUCAGUAUAUGUGGGAGACUGAUCCCUGGUCAGUUUGUGUCGUGAACCCGCCCAACACCCUGAACAGCUCUGCUGCACCUCGGCCGCUGUGUGGAGAGGGAGUGCAGAUCCGCACCAUCCGGUGUGUGAGGGAGGAGGAGGAGAAGAGCAGCGUUGUGGAUAACUCUCAGUGUGAGAAAGAGGAGGAGCGUCCGGUCAGUGUCCGGUCCUGCGUCCUGCCCUGUCCCGGGGACUGCGUUACAUCAGACUGGAGCCUGUGGAGCCCCUGUCCCGCGGGCUGUAAUGAGAGAGAUAUGAGGUGGAGGAGUCGGACGGUUCUGAGGAAGCCAGGAAACGGACACACCUGUCCAGAACUAAAUCAGACCCAGUCCUGUUCCAACACCACCUGCCUUUCAUACUCAUAUGCAUAUUCAGACUGGAGCAGUUGUGAACUCAGGGAAAAUGCAGUUUGUGGACGAGGAACGAAGACACGCCUCCUGAACUGCGUCUGUAGUGAUGGAAAGCUGGUGAAACUGAGCAUGUGCAAAGAGUGGGGUCCUUCUCGAGGAAAGCUCUCGGCUCCGUGUGAAGUGAGCUGCCCAGUGGACUGCCUGCUGUCGGACUGGUCUCACUGGUCAGAGUGUUCACACUCCUGUGGAGCUCAGAGUCACAUGGUUCGCUCCAGGUUGGUCCUGCAGCAGGACGGGGAGGGGGGUCGGCCCUGCCCCUCUCAGCUCUCUCAGACCCGGCCGUGUCCCAUCAGGCCGUGCUUCAGCUGGAGGUGGGGGGGGUGGAGCUCCUGCAGGGUGGAGGGGGCGGAGUGUGGGGAGGGGCUGAGGGAGAGGAACCUGUCCUGUGUGGUGCACUGGGGGUCUCUCUCAGGUUCUCCUUUACCGAGAGUCGUGGCAGAGGAGCGCUGUGUGGAGACCAGACUCACCAAAACUACCGGAACAGAGUUUCAACAGACCUGCUCUAUACCCUGCCCAGGUGAUUGUUACCUGGCGGAGUGGUCGGUGUGGAGCGUGUGUCAGCUGCUCUGUCUGGAUGGGCGGAGUUUCGAGACGUCGGGUCGGCAGGCGAGAUCCAGAGCUGUGGUGAUGCAGGUUCCCCAGAGUGAGGACUCGUGUCCCAGACAGGUGUACGAGAGCCGGCCGUGCACAGGAGGGAGCUGUCUCAGUUAUGAGUGGGUAACUGGUGGAUGGAGGGAUAAUCAAAGGGCGGUGUGGUGUCAGCGCUCUGAUGGGGUAAACGUUACAGGAGGCUGUUUCCCUCAGAAUAAACCUGCUGCUGUUCGUCACUGUCACCCACCCUGUACCAAACCCUUCUCUUACUGCACACAGAGUGGUGUGUGUGGAUGUGGGAGGGGCUUUACUGAGGUCAUGACCUCUCUGGGUUUUCUGGAUUACUGUAUGGGAUCUGCUGCUCCUGAUUAUAAGAAGGCAGACGUGAAAAACGGCGCAGGACGUCCGAGGACCAGCCCCGUCCAGAAACACGACCGGCCCCGAGACUGGGCCCUGCAGCCCCUCGGCCCAGGUGGACGGGUCAGGCUGUGGGUGUACGGGUUGAUGGCUGCAGGCUUCAUCAUGAUCCUCCUCAUCAUCACCAUGUCCUUCCUGCUGUGUAAAAACCCAAAGGACCGUCCGAACCCCAGCAGCACCCAGAAGGCUCUGGCUCUGGCCUACGAUGGAGAUGCAGACAUGUGACCGUCCGUCACCG